AUGGCUUCUGAAGAGAACGACAAGCUGCUGAAAAAUGGGGAAAAUGACAUUGCGGAAACGAAAUCAGCCAACAACAUGCCGCAGUCAACAGCUAAUGAUCCCAAACUGAAGACAAAACACAAUAUGAAGGAAGGGGUGGUGACAUCAGACAUGUUUAGUGCUGGUGAUGAUGAUGAUGAUGAUUCAUCAGUGGACGAGGAAGAGGACUCUUUUCUUUGGCAGGCCAGGAUGAAGGUUGGCGGCAUUGUGAACAAUGAAAAGGUUCAGAUAUUUAUUAUUGUGGCCAUUAUGAUUAACGCUCUGAUGAUGGGAGUUGCAACCUUUGACUUUGUGGAGGACAAUGAAAAUGUCGAUAGGGCCUUUCAUGAAAUUGACAGAGCCUUUUUGAUUAUUUUUACCAUUGAAGCAGUCUUGCAGCUCUUCUACCUUGGUGUUUCACUCUUUUCUGACGGUUGGCUAAUCUUCGAUUUGGCGAUUGUGAUCUUGUCAUGGUCUUUUGAGUCACUUCAAAUUGUGCGUGCCUUCCGUAUCUUCAGAGCAUUCCGGCUGAUUACAAGGGUGAAGCCACUGCGGGAUCUUGUUCUCGCUAUUGGUGCUGUUCUCCCGAGAAUGUAUGCCAUUGCAGCGCUGUUGUUGCUGGUAUUCUACAUUUUCUCUGUGCUAUUCACCGAGCUCUUUUCAGACCUGGACCUUGGGCCUGGAAAGGAUUACUUUGGAACCUUGGACAGGUCGCUUUUCACAUGUAUGGAAAUGAUGACGUUGGAGUGGGGAGAAAUCUGCCGUCUUGUUAUGGAAUAUCACCGUUGGGCUUUUGCUCCCUUUCUUUCAUUCAUUGCCAUUACCGGUUUCAUUGUGUUCAACUUGAUCGUGGCUGUGGUUUGUGAUGCUGUCGCCGUUACCGAAAAGACAGUUAGACAAAUGGAUGGAUAUGAAGAAGACGACACGGAAGUUAAAAUCAUCGAGGCUCAAGAGCGGAUAGAUCUGCUUCAAAGUCACAUAUAUGAUAUGCUGAAGACACAGGAACAAGUGCAAGUCAUGAUUGAGAAGAUGGCCGAAGAAAUGGUUUUCCUUCAAACCGAAAGAUUAAAUGCGGAACAAAGGGAGUCCAGACUUCGGUCAGUAGUCGAAGAACGACAGAAAUAUGAAAUGCAGAUGGAAGAAAAGUAUUUUGAAGGCAAGAAGAAGCGAGAAGAAAUGAGAACUUCUACCAUUAUUGGCAAUCCUCUGUUCGAUGCGGAUAGUUUGAUACCCCCAGCAGAAGAAGGAGAUCUCGGUAUGGAUGCCUCGUCGCAUAUAAAAAAGAGGAAAAAGCAGCUCCAAAAGCGAGCUUCAGAUAGGCGGUCAAAUAGCCAACUAGGUGACGAAAGCAUAGGGGAAAAUAGCACUAUUGCUUCAUUGAAUGCUUCUCAUCAUCGUCAUGACUUUGAACUAUAG